UAAACACAAAUGAAUCAUCCUUAUUUCAUUUGUUUCGUCAUUUACAACCCCUCACUUGUUUCUUGGGUCCAAGGUCUCAGUAUGGAAGAUGAAGCUCGGGAGAUAGUCAGGAUUGAUAUUCUGCAACUGCGACGGCGACUAUAAUGAAGCUGUCUCUGUGUAAUCAUAACCCUUUGAGGGAGAGCAGAGCAUCUUUCACACCUCAACAGAGAAUGCUUCAUGGAGAGACUGAAGAAGAAGAAGAAUACAAUUACCACAAUACACGAUGUCUUUCUUCCUACUACAGCAUCUUUGUCGCACGCCUCGCUAUCAUGGUUAUGCUGGCCAUUUUGAUAGGAUUGCUAACCAUGCUGACCUGGCAUUUCACAAGGUCAUACACCACAAAUUCUAUAACUAGUCUCGCUUAUGGGCUUCGUUAUGAACUUCUGCAACGACCCAUACUAAGGAUGUGGAACAUAUUGAAUUCCACAGUAGAGAUAACUGUUGCACAGGUUAAGCUUUCUGAGUAUGUAAUCAGUCAGCAUGAAUCACCGAAGGGUCAUGGACAAGCAGAGCUUUAUGAAGCAAUGAGGAACAUAACUUGGGCUCUUUUUGCAAGCAAAAAAGCUCUUGAUGCCAUAACCAUAAAUUACACAAAUGGUUUUGUUCAGGCAUUUCAUAGAGAUCGCAGGAGCAACAAUACAUACUACAUUUAUUCAGACCUAAUAAAUGCCACAAACACUCAGAUUCAAGGAAGCCCAGGAAAUCAUAGUGAAAUCCCUCGAGCAGUAAGUCUAAACAUAUCUGCUAUAUGGUACCGAGAACCACUUGAUCCAGUCACUGGCAAUAAGCUAGGUGCUCCUAGCCAAAUACCACCAGAAGAUCUAAUCCAAAUAGCUGGUUUAUCAGAAUUACGUGAUGGUACAGCUUCCUGGCAUGUUGCUGUGAGCAAAUUUACAGAGUCACCACUUCUUUCAGCGGCAUUACCUGUCAGGCAUCCUUCUCAAGGAAAUAUUGUGGCAGUUGUUGGUGUCACCACAGCACUUAAAAGUGUUGGCCAGCUGAUGAGAGAACUUGUUGAAUUCCACAGUGGGUACAUGUAUUUAACCUCUAAGGAUGGCUACCUGCUUGCGACAUCAACAGACGCUCCUCUUUUGAGAAAUACAACAACUGGUCUGAAGCUUAUGAUGGCUAAUGAUUCAGAGGACCAAAUGAUAAAAUCUGGGGCAGAGUGGUUGUGGAGAACCUAUGGUGAUCAAUUUCCCAUCAGCCAUGAAAUUCAUGCAGAGAAUGUCAUGUUGGGAAGGGAGCGGUAUUACAUAGAUUCUUUUUUCUUGAAUCUGAAGAGACUUCCUUUGGUGGGGGUUAUUAUCAUUCCAAGGAGGUAUAUCAUGGGAAAGGUUGACCAAAUAGGUUUCACAACAUUGAUCAUACUGAUAUCUGCAUCUGUAUGUAUUCUUGCUAUUGGCUGUGUUUGUAUUUUGAUACUAACAAGUGGAGUGUCAAAGGCAAUGAAACUAAGAGCGGCACUAAUAAGUCAAUUAGAUGCAAGAAGGAGAGCAGAGGCCUCGAGCAACUACAAAAGCCAGUUUUUAGCAAACAUGAGUCAUGAAUUGCGGACACCCAUGGCUGCGGUUAUAGGGUUGUUGGACAUUCUUAUGAUUGAUGAUAAUCUCACCAAUGAGCAAGUUGCCACAGUUACACAGAUUCGGAAAUGCUCAACUGCUUUGUUGCGACUUCUCAACAAUAUUUUGGACCUCAGUAAGGUUGAAUCUGGGAAACUAGUACUUGAAGAAGCUGAAUUUGACUUGGGGCGAGAACUUGAAGGACUUGUAGACAUGUUCUCAGUGCACUCCAUGAGCCAUAAUGUUGAGACAAUACUGGAUAUCUGUGAUAGUGUGCCAAAAGUUGUUCGAGGAGAUUCUGCGAGAGUUGUUCAGAUAUUUACAAAUCUUAUAAGUAACUCAAUCAAGUUUACAUCAGAGGGGCAUGUUAUUCUGCGUGGAUGGUGUGAAAGUUUCAAUCAAUCAUGUCAGCUAGUGCAAAAUAGUGUCAGCAAGAUGCCACAAGAUGCCCUCAAUAUAAAACCAAAACAAAAUGAGAGUACUUUCAAACGAGAUUACAAGAACAAUGAAAGGAUCACUCUUUGGUUUGAAGUUGAAGACACAGGCUGUGGAAUCGAUCCAAGCAAAUGGGAAACUGUUUUUGAAAGCUUUGAACAAGCAGACCCAUCAACUACACGAACACAUGGAGGAACUGGUCUGGGCUUAUGCAUCGUCAGAAACUUGGUUAACAAGAUGGGUGGAGAAAUAAAAGUCAAGAAGAAAGAAGGUCCAGGGACUCUAAUGCAACUGUAUUUGGUCCUUGGAAUUGCCGAAUGUGGUCAGGAGGCUAAAAAGGAUUUAAGCAAAUAUAACUUGACGGUAUUGCUUGCAAUGAACAGCAGCAAAGGGAGAUCUAUCACCGCUCAGUGGUUAAAGGAGAAAGGAGUAUCAACAUGGGAAUCAUCAGAAUGGAAUGGGCUCACUCAAAUACUGAUUCAAUUUUUUAGAGGCAACAGGAAUGCUGAGAAUGGCUUCACAGAGAAUUCCAAAAGAGAAUCAUUCCAUUUGAACAGAAUGAGGGAGGGGGCCAAGGAAAUCAAUGUUCAAAAAAUAGGAAGCCCAAAAGUAGUUAUUAUAGUGGACACAGCGCUGUUAGACCAAAGUACAAAUAUAUGGAAAGAACAACUAAUUUUCCUAGACCAAUAUCAUGGAGAAGCAAAGUUUGCUUGGGUACUAAGUCACGACACCUCAAAUGCUAUCAAAGUAGAGCUCCGGAGAAGAGGAAAUUUCUUGAUGGUUAAUAAACCAUUAUACAAGACAAAGCUGAUACAGAUUUUGGAAACAGUUGUCAGUCAAGAAAACUUUGAAGAUCAAAGAAGCGAAAUUUCUGAGCUUUCAACCAUGCCAAGUGACUGGCCCGAAUGCCAUGAAAUAGAUCCCAUUCAGUUUGACAGUAUCAGCUCAGGAAGUUCUGGCAUAUCAGAUACAGAAAACUUAGGCUCAAGAACAAGCACAUUUGCCAGCGGAUAUAAAAGAAGGGAAGAACUUUUGGUAUCCCAUAAUCCUCAUUACGUUAAAUGUGAUUCAGGAAAAGAGUCUGCGAAUCCAAUCACACUGCAUACAACACACAAAUCCAAUAUUGUCCAGGCAGCAAAUAACUCUGAAACUUUAUCAAGGGAUAUAGGUGCUGACAAGUAUGAAAUUACAGAUGUGGAUCAUUUAGCAAGGUACAAUCACAAGAUAGUCAGUAAAGAUAUUGUAACCACUGAAAAGACAAAACAAGGACGACACAUAGAUUCCCAGGUGGAAGACCCUCUUCUGGCGUACAAAAAAACUUUUUGCGAGAUCAACCAGCCAGACUAUUUGAAAAGAAAUUUAAUAGAGGAAACAAACCAAAACCAUGUUGGGGCUCAAUUAUGUGACUCAAAAGACAAGGCACUGGAACUGAUAGACAAACGAAAUUCAACAGCAGUGUGCAAUUUGAAUGCUAGGCUUAUGCAUAAUCAAAAUGGAGAACAGAAAUCACCAUUAUCUCCUAGAGUUCUGGAAAUCAAUAAAUAUCAAGAUGCAAACUUCCAAACAAACAAAGAGGAUUAUCCAAUGCCAACAAAGGUGGUUCCUCACCAAAAUCAUCUAGGAGGCUUGUGUAUACUUCUUGCAGAAGAUAACCCAAUACUACAGAGAGUUGCAAUGACAAUGCUGGAAAAGGUGGGAGCCAAAGUUGUAGCAGUAGGAGAUGGAAUGCAAGCAGUAGAUGCUUUAAAAUGCAUAUCCUGUGGAGAGCAGAAUGCAGUCCAAAAUUCAAUUGAGAAUGAAGGUGAAAGGCAAUCACCAAAGCCACUGCAAGAAAAUCCACCAUUUGAUCUGAUUCUGAUGGACUGUCAGAUGCCAAAGUUGGAUGGCUACGAAGCAACAAAAGCAAUUAGGAGACUUGAGGAGGGGACAAGUUUGCAUAUUCCAAUUGUUGCAGUGACAGCACAUGCAAUGUCGUCUGAUCAAGAGAAAUGUAUAAAAGUGGGGAUGGAUGCAUAUCUAACAAAGCCAAUCGACAGUAAGUUGAUGGUUUCAACCAUUUUAUCUCUCACUAAGAAAAUUUCUUCUGUAAACCAUGUUAGCCAAAUGGCUGGAGAACCAAGAAGCUAAGAGAUGAUAAUACAAUCAAAGUGUAAAAAAUAAAUUUUCUAUAUGCAGAAUCAAGAGUUUCAACAACCACCUCUUAAUGCUAUAUCAAGAAAAUCUAUAAUUGGU